AUGUCGCAAGAGAUGCCAAAACAAGCGUUGAUACAUACAUUGGAGAAGAUGCUGGAGCCGAUUACUGGCAAAAUAGUUUCACUUUCUGCAUCGGAUCUCCUUGCCGUCUGGGAUUUCUUUGAUCUUAACCAUGAUGGCGCUCUAACUGAUGAGGAAUACGAGCUAUUCGUUCGCAUUUUUGGUGAAAUACUCAAAAAUGUUUUCCCAAAUUAUAGCCGAACUUCUAUUCCGGAUCUCAUUACGGCAUCUAUAAAUCCUGGAAUGCCCUAUCAAAUUGGAAUUGACGAGAUCUCCCAUUUGCUUGAUGAAGAAGAGCGUUUCCUCCUGGUAUUCCGAAAGUUGUCCAAUAUAAGUUCAAGCUUCGAAUUUAUGAAGAUUUGGCGAGAAUUUGAUUCUGAUGGCAAUGGAUUGCUGGAUAGCUCAGAAUUACAGGCAUUUUUACGAAAGCUCCUGGCCAAAACAUCUGUUCCAGUUACUGAGGAAAAAAUUCAGGAGUUUGCCGCACUUAUUAUGCGAUUUUUCGAUAUGAAUUCGGAUGGACAUUUGCAAAUUUGCGAAAUGUCAAAACUACUUCCUACCAAGAACAACAUUCUCGCAAACAAUACGCUGCAUGAUAUAUCUGAGGCAGAAUUGGACAAGAUUUUCGAUUUUUAUGAUCAAGAUCACAAUGGAGUGAUUGAAAACGAGGAAUUUGAAGGCCUUGUCAAAGACCUAAUGGAUAGUGCCAAGAAGAAUUACAUGAGCAAGGAUUUGGACGAAUUUCGUGAUCUCUUGUUGAAACAAUGGGAUGAAAAUUCUGAUGGAAAAAUCAGUAAAGCAGAGCUUAAACUACUUCUACGCCACUCUCGAUCUCUGUAA